CCAACGGUGGAUAUUUUGCAAGUAGUAGAAAUUGCUUCGGUGGGUAUCACUGCAAGUGCCAUCGAUCGAGCUAUCGUGCUAAUUGUCAAUUUCCUUUCUUUCGUAUUGGUCGAGGCAAGCAAACCCACCGACAAGACCUUGGGAGAGAUCGAAAAGAAAAGAGAAAAGCGAAAAAGCAUUUCCAUCCCAAAGUUCGUCCACUGACUCUUGUAGACUGCUUUGUGGCCAUUACAAGACUGCUGACCAAAAAGUGAAAGAUCUGCAGCGGUUCUCUUAGUUGUUGAAAAAGGCAGUAACGUCUCUCUCUCUGCGUUCCUCAUUCAGAUUUAUACAAGCGACAACAGCAGUACUGGGUUGGUUAGCCGUAGCAAUCGCAGUAGCAAAAAGGUAGCAAAAAGGUAGCAAUCCAAAGAUGGCUGACUACGGAAAUUACACGACCUAUCAUUUUGACGAUGUGGACGAGAUGAGCGACUACGAGUCCACAGGAGCUCCUCCACCGCCGCCUCCCGACGACGACUAUGCUGCCAAAAAGGCAGCCAUGGUAGAUGAAGUACCUCAUGAUCUCGAGGCAGCCGAUGCGGCGGCUGCCAAUAGUGAGUAUGACAAGCUCAACACGACCAUGGGCACGUCGCCCGAUGUGUACGACGAUGAUGACGUGGGAGAAGAUGGCAGUGUGGAAAUCCCACCCACCAAAGUGGUGGAAGACAUGAUGCGUCGAGAACAAGAAGCCGCCGUGGAGAAGGGAGGCAAUAAGGUUGUCUUUCUCAGUGCCAUUCUCUGUAUUUUGCUGUCUCUAGUUAUUAUCCUCGGUGCUGGAUUUGGAACUGGGGCGUUCAAGAAGGAGCCGGCGAACAAUAUUGAAGCCAAUGCCGUCACUGUUGAUGGGUACACGCCCAAUACUAUUCCAGGAGAGGAAGAAGACGAAGAACCUACUGUAGUCACGCCCGAAGACAUGGGGGCUGAAGAUACCGUCCUGGAUCCCAUACAACAAGAGGAACAAGAAAAUUUCGAUGAACGUCCUUCGGAAACCACAACUCCUCCUGCUGUAGAGUCCAGUCGAGGACAAGACAUGCGAGAGUACCUUGGAACUGUGGCAAUGGGAGGACCAAACACAUUUUCCGAUCUAUCCAGUCCAGAGUCGCUGGCCUUGCAGUGGUUGGUUUUGGAAGAUCCCCUUCAGCUCGAUGCUACCAAUGAAGAUCACAAGUUCCAAAUCACCCAACGGUACGCACUUGUCUCACUCUGGUACAAUAGCGACUUUACAUGGGCCAAUGAAACCAACUGGUUGAAUGGCGAUGAGUGUACUUGGCAUGGAAUCUCGUGCAUUACUCUGGUGGCAGACUUUGCCGAUGGCGCAGCAGCCGAUGGUGGAAACAGCUCGUCGUCAGUCAGCAAGAAUACCGGAUCGAGUGUGCAAGUCGUCACGAGAAUCAACUUGGAAGGAAACAAUGUUCAGGGACGUAUCCCUGCCGACUUGGCGCUUCUCUCCUUUAUCACCAGUCUCAACUUGGCCGACAAUGUCAUUGAAGGUGCCCUCCCAGACACGCUCACGCAAUUCAGCACUCUCGAAGAACUCUACUUGGACCGAAACUUGCUCUCCCAAGACUUGUCGUCGUAUGAUUUCACUCCCUUGGCGGCUACGUUGACAUUGUUGGAUCUCAGUAGCAACUCUUUCUUUGGAAAUCUACCCCCGUCGCUUUGGAAACUCGCCAGGUUGGAAUUGUUGGUGAUUGAUAACAAUGGCUUUACGGGACCCUUGAGCGACGAUGUCGGUCAAUUGACGGCACUCACUCGUCUCACUGCCGGUGGCAACAAGCUCACGGGAGAACUCCCCGCGACUGCUCUUUCCCAAUUGGGAAGCUUGCAAGUAGUCUGGCUCUUCAAGAAUCAGUUCACUGGUCCGUUGCCUGCUGUCUGGGCCGAUUCACUCCUCGUCUUGGAUGUCUAUGACAACGACAUGGACGGCACCAUCCCUGUUGAGAUUACUGAGUUGAACAAUCUCCAGCAGUUGGUGUUGGGUGCCAACAAGUUUGAGGGACCCAUUCCCGAUGAGAUUGGAGACAACAUGAGGCAGCUGACCGUAUUGAACUUGGAAGACAAUCUGUUCACGGGACCUGCCAUGCCUCAGUCAUUGGGACAACUAGGCAACCUGACGGUGGCCCGCUUGGGAAACAACCCCCGGAUGGAACCCGACUUUUUGCCUCAGUAUGUCUUUUCCCAAUGGCUACAGUUGGAAGAGUUGCGACUUCCUGGAUUGAAGCUUCGUGGUGACCUGAACAACUUUAACUGGCGCAACCUACAGAGUCUUCGUACUGUUGAUCUGUCCAACAACUUUUUGAGGAGCUUUCCCCUAGACAUUACCUUUUGCAAUGAACUGGAGGAGCUGAAUCUGUCUGACAAUAUUGCAAUGGGUGGCAACUUGCCAGAGAACAUGGAUGCAUUGAUGAACUUGAAGCAAUUGCUCCUGGCCAAUGCUGGAUUGAUGGGUAACUUGACUGCUUCCCUUGGAAGCUUGCGAAAUCUGGAGUUCCUGGACCUGACCAACAACACCUUGAUUGGAGGUCUACCAAAUCUUGGAGGAAUGACCAAUGCACAGGAACUCAAGUUUGGAACCAACUUUUUCACUGGUGAAAUCCCUGAGUCUGUCGGACAGUUGUCGCGCCUCCAGGUCUUGGAUCUGUCUGUCAACUUUUUGCGUGGUGAGCUCCCAGAAAGCAUCAGCAAUCUUGAGUCUCUUGUUGUCCUCAAGUUGGGAGACAAUGCCAAUGAAGAGCCUUUCAGUGGCUUGACUGGCGAGCUUCCAAGCAGUUUCUCCAAGCUGCUGAACUUGGUUCGACUCGAGCUCUUUUCCAACCGUUUCACUGGUGUUCUUCCUCCUGCAUGGGGUGCCUUGAACAAACUGCAGCUGUUGGAUGUGGAAUUCAAUCCUCUUUCUGGCAAUGUCCCCGUGGAGUACCAAGGAAUGACCAUGUUGCAAGAAAUAUACUUGUCCAGUACAGAUAUUGAAGGCAGCGUGCCAGCUGAAGUGUGUGCCCUGGCGCCACAGAUCUUUAUGGUUGAUUGUGAUUUGCAGUGUUCGUGUUGUUCGUCAUGUCAAGGUGAACCAAGCCAACCGGCUGAAGUUGUACCAACGGAACCGGCGGACGUUGAAGAAACUGUUGCACCGUCGGAAGGUGAAGAAACUGAUGCACCCGGUGGUCGUCGCCGUCGUCGGACAGCUUAGAGUCGAGCCUGCUUGUCGCUUGGAUUGUAGAGAGAGAAGGAGAUGUGCGCGCAUUCCCGCUCGAGCAUUAAGCGAGAUGGAACAUAGGUGGGAGGGUCGAGACGUAUACGGAAUGGAUGCACGGGCUCCUCUACUUAUUAGUAUAUGAACACUGCGGAU